UCGGCCGGGUGGGUGUGUGAUCGCGCCUAGCUAGUAGACCACAAGAAGAGUACCGAGUAGGUAUGCGUAUGGAUACCUGGGCAGAGACAAUGCAGAUUCGGGAGACCCCUGGGGAGGGGGGAGGCCCGCAGGAUUAGGGAUGCGGAUGCGGCCCUCGCGGUGCAGUAGUGUUCCCAUCCAACGGCCCUGUCCGCCCGCCCGAUGUGACUGGCCGGACGUGACGAUGCGCCGGAGGAAAGGGGGAGAGGAGACCUUGAAAGAGCGCCGUGCUACGUGUCCAACAACGGCCCAACCCAAUCAUGACCAAGCCGGUCCCUCAUCAAUGGGUGUAGGAGGGACUGCGACGAAGCCUGAUAGGGCGGCCAUCGUAGACGCAGACAAACAGUAGACAGCCUCGGGCGUUGGACAUCAGUGCAGCACGACUCGUUAGAGUUGGGAC